UUGGUUGGAAUAUGCGAAAUAUGGGAAUUAUUGGCUUGUAUGGCAUGAGAGGUGUAGGUAAGACUACCCUUUUGACCAAGAUCAACAAUAACUUCCUCCAUACCCCCAAUGAUUUUGAUCUUGUGAUUUGGAUGGUGGUCUCGCAGGACCUAAAGUUUGAAAAUAUUCAAGAUAGCAUUGGGGAAAAGACAGGGUGUUGUGAUGACACAUGGAAGGAUAAAGAUCACCUUAGAAAAGCUGAAGACAUUUUCAGGGUCUUAAAAUCAAAGAAAUUUGCAUUGCUAUUGGAUGAUAUAUGGGAGAGGGUUGAUUUAGCCAAACUUAGGGUUCCUAUUCCCGACAGACAGAAUAAGUCCAAGCUAGUAUUCACAACUCGCUCUGAGGAGGUGUGUAUCCUUAUGGGGGCUCAAAAAAAGAUUAAGGUGGAGUGUUUGGCAUGGGACAGAGCAUGGGCUUUGUUUCAAGAGAAGGUGGGUGAAGAAACACUUUAUAUUCAUCCAGAUAUCCCUAAACUAGCAGAAAUCGUCACCAAAGUGUGUGACGGUUUGCCAUUAGCUCUAAUUACAAUUGGUCGGGCCAUGGCUUGCAAGAAGACACCCCAAGAAUGGAAUCAUGCAAUUCAAGUUCUAAAAAGAUCUGCCUCUGAAUUUUCAGGUAUGGGAGAUGAGGUAUUCCCUCUUUUGAAAUUUAGUUAUGAUAAUCUACCUAGCGAGAAAGUUAGAUCUUGCUUCUUAUAUUGUGCAUUAUUUCCAGAAGAUUUUCUCAUUCACAAAAGAAGAUUAAUAUAUUGUUGGGUUGGUGAGGAAAUUUUGGAUGAGUAUGAUGACAUAACUGGAGCUCAAAACCAAGGGUAUGAUAUUAUAGGUACUCUGGUUAAUGCAUGUUUAUUGGAAGGUAGAGAAGAUUAUGUGAGAAUGCACGAUGUGAUUCGUGACACGGCAAUAUGGUUGGCUUGUGAAUGUGGGAAGGCCAAGGAGAAUUUCCUGGUGCAUACAGGUGCUCAUUUGAUUGAAGCACCCAAUUUCGAAACAUGGAAAGGUGCGAAAAGGAUGUCACUAAUGGCUAAUCAGAUUGAGAAUCUAGUAGAAAGAUCCAUAUGCCCUAGUUUGUCUACCCUGUUUCUCACUAAUAAUCGUUUGAAAAUGAUUAGUGAAGGCUUCUUUCAGCAUAUGCCCAGUUUAAGAGUCUUGGACCUGUCAGAAAACAAGGGUAUAACUCAUUUGCCAAUGGGAAUAUCAAAAUUGAAGUCACCACAAUAUCUCAAUCUAUCGCAAACGGGCAUAAGAGACUUGCCAAUUGAGUUGAAGGCCUUAGACAAGCUCAAAUAUUUGAACUUGGAGUUUACCAGUAAAUUGAAUAUGGUUCCAAGGAAUGUAAUUUCAAGUUUUCUGAUGCUGAGGGUGUUGAGAAUGUAUGAUUGUGGUUCAUCAGAUGAUAUUCUAUUUGGUGGAGAAGAAGCUUUAGUAGAGGAAUUGGUGUGUUUGAAACACUUGGAUGUGUUGACUAUCACCAUAAGGUGUGUCUCUGCUUUCAAAAGAUUCUUCACCUCCCUCAAUUUACUGACCUGCACUCAAGUUCUAUGCCUUGAGUCCUUCACCUGUGUGAGCUCCCUUGACAAACAUGAAAUGUCUGGAUAUCCUUAAUAUUUGUGAUUGCGAAAGCAUGGAAGAUUUGAACUUGAUUUGGUUCAGGAUGCAGCGGCUGCACAAGUACCUAACGGUCCUUGCAACUCAUUCACAAUGAUCAAAAGUUGCUUCCACAGCCUUCAGCGGGUAAGUGUGUAUGAGUUUCCCAAACUAAAGGACUUAACAUGGCUUAUUUUUGCUUCAAAUCUUGUAACUAUAGACUUACAUGACUGCCCUGAAAUGGAACAAAUAAUCAACUGUGGGCAAUUGAGCAAAGUUGAGGAGGUGGUAGAAGAUUUGAGUUCAUUUGCAAAACUUAACAACCUGA